CAUUCUCUUCUCUCCGUUCCUAUAUCUUGGUGUACAAUAUAACCGGUGCCUACGUAUCUCCGUUCUAUACAUUCUUUCUCUCUCUUUCUCUCUCCCUCUCUUUCGCACUUCUACUACAUCCGGUGGUAACAUAUGGCUGGACAUUUUUAUCUCUCCACCUCUUCCUUCCACCUCAGCUCUAUUUCUACGUAUCAACGCUGUGCUUGGGGAUGCGCGCACCCUCCCACGAGAGAGACCUUAUCGGUCAGACCUAUUUCCCGCGACGACAGUGCUCCGUUUCAGUCUCGUGAAACAAGACCGAUCUUGUCUACCCUUUUGUGGCAUAAAAUAGUGAUAUUGGAAUACGAAUUUAUUCUCUGUGACAGCUAGCGGUUACUGGAUCGAAACGCCCAUUUCGUCCACCUCCGAUCGUCCGCCCUUGUACACUCCCUUCGCGUGUCUUCCCUCUAUCUAUCAGUUUGCCUUGCGACGGUGGUGGCAGAGUCUCUUCAAUCCUCGUGCCAGUCUGGUUGCCUAUUUCGAGCGCUGUUCAUGGUGGUGAACACCCCCGUGGUUCACGUACUCCCCCGGGUGCCUCAUGUUCUCUGCGCCGACAAAGUAUAGAGGAAAAGAGAGAGAAAUCACAAGAUAGACAAGAGAUAGAUAGGUAGAGAGCCGCGCGUGUCCGCCUGGAACAUCCAUCCCAUGCGUCAAGCGCACGGAGCGAGAAGCGUCGGGCGUCGUGGCCGCGGCGUCGCGACGACGGCGACGACGACGACGACGACGCUCGGUCGCGCGCACGAGCUCUCGACUCUGCGUGAUUGGUGGCAGUGAGAGGCAGCGCGUCGCGUCGCGUCGCGCCGCUCCACGAAGCGUCGUGCGAGCGACAUGCGCUACGGCUGGCGGCGGCCUUGUCAAGUGUCGACUGUGACCAGGAAGACGGGGACGAGGCCGAGGCCGAGGCCGAGGACGAGAACGAGAACGUCAACGACGACGAGGACCAGGACAACGAAAACGGGAAUAACGCCGGUAACGAGGAAACCGAGAACAAAAGCGACGACGUUGAGGUGCUGGUGGUGAGAGACGUCACGAAGUGUACGGGACGCAUAACGAGGAAAACGCGGGCGACUGGCAUGAACGACGACGUCGUGGACGACGUUGCCGAGGAGGACUCUCACGGCGAUGCUCGUGAAGGAAGCGCUACGGGCAUCACGACGACGACGAAGACGACGACGAAGAUCGCGUUCCUCGUGCAUACCCCGACCGUCGUACUGCCGGCCCGACUGAUGACACCCGGCCGCAGCAAUUCCGCAGCGGUCUCGGCGAACAAGAUCGCGCCUCCGCAAUCCACGUGCACAUAGGCUGGUAAUUGGCGUUAAGAAAUUUGCGUCGUAGAAAGCGCGAUCUCCUCAAAGUGAUUACAAGUGACGAGCCACCCGUGGCGUUUCUCGUCGAACCUCGAGGAAGAUUUCUCUAAAAUUCCCUACUUCUCUGAGAGGAUCAAUCGGCCCAUCGAAUCGCUUUCCUCGGAAAGACUCUCUUUCUUUCCUCGAGGAUCUUCCCCUGAAGAAAAGGUCUCUUCCUAAAAGACACAAGAAUUACAAGGACCGAGACCUUCCUUCGCAAGAGAAAGCUCCUGUCAUCGAGCGUGUCUUUCCUCCGGAGAAAUUCUACGCAGAGAAGAAUCCUGACGUUAAUCGUUCCGGUUGCUGGAACACCGAAGACCGCCAUUGCGGUGAACGACGACAGGUGCGCGUGACACGAGGGGGACAACCAUGAACGUUAGCACGAACGAUCUUCCGGUGCGGCGAUGCAGCACGACGUGGCUCGCGUGACUCGCGCCGGUCACGAGUAAAGAGGAUCGGUCUCCACCUCUAGCCACCACCCUCCUCGCGUAAUACCGCGGCGGCGGCGGCGGCGACGGCGGCGGCAGCGACGGCCACCACCACCAACGGUGCAACGCGCUGGCCCGUCUCUUCUAUUCAACCCCCCGCGUCCGCGGAAUACAAUCCUUACGACGAGGACACGCACACCAGGGUGGCACGAUAGUAUGACGGUGAUGCUGCUGCAACGUUCAGUCACCCCGCAGUCGACGCACAGCCAAAAGACAGCGACGAAGGACUGCAGCGCGAAGCCGCCCUUUCUCUUUCUGCUGGACGACCGUGAGGAGCAUCGGCACUCGACCGAUACCAACACUACGACUACCACAAACAAUAACAAUAACAACAAUAAUAACAACAAUAACAAUAAUAAUAAUAAUAAUAACAACAAUAACGUCAACAACAACAACGUCUUCAAAAGAAGCGACCGGAGGAGUAACAGCCGCGAUCACGUCGCCGACGAGGCGCCGUCGUCGGUGACGUCCCAACGACUCGCCGACGGUGGUGAGGACGUCGCGAUGCGAUAUUACCGCCUCUGGAUCUACGCCUGUAACCUGGUGCUGUUCGGUAGCGCGAUCGGCUUUGCCGCCGCGGUAUCGCAGACUCUCCUGUUCACCGGCGACCCACGUCGGCACGUGGUGCCGGGUAUACCUCGUGUCUACGACCCCACCGCGCUCUACGGCUAUCUGGCACUGACGGCGCAGUUGGGCCUGGUGCAAUUACUCGGUUGUAUCGCCGCCAGACGACUCAGCGCCCGGUUGCUCCACGUCUAUUGGAUAUUAUUGCUGAUACUGCUGUUCGGCGACGCCGUCGUCGGCGUCGCCUGGAUCUUCCGUUUCGAGAAAAUGCGCGCCGACCUCAGACCCACGCUCAAACUACGCUUGCAGGUGGACUAUGAUAAGGAGAUGCGAUUCAGCGAACAGUGGGACCGACUUCAGCGGGAGUUCACGUGCUGCGGGGUGACCGGACCCAAGGAUUUCAAUCACCGUGACAACUUGCCAAUGACCUGCUGCGAGCCCAGUGUUAACAUCAGCGAACCCUGUCAGAACCCGCACAUGCGCGGCUGCGAGGAGACGCUUGUACGUUGGCUCAGGAAGACGGCGGAUCUACUGUUUGUCCUGGGCUUCUGCGUCAUCGCCUUCGCCAAGCUCUGCUUCCUCGGCAUCCUACGCUACGAGAUACGGGAAAUGAUACAGAAGAUACGAAUGCUGAGGGAACCGCCGCCGCCGGCCACGCCGUUUGCGCAACCGCCCUUUUCCCAAGUGCUGCCGGAAACAGCCAAUAACGGCAGCAUAGUGAGACGCACAACGUUACCUAACACUGUUAUGCCUUCCGGCAACGCGUCGAUGUUGCUACAGUCGGACGAAUGCAACACCGGCCGUCAUCCUCUGUUGGCGAACAAUCUGCAGGACGGUGGUGCUGACAGCGAUACAAAUAGUCACUGCGCGUUAAUACUCGAGGAGACGACACCUACCUCGACGAACAACCACAAUUGCGCGGCCGGCGGCGGUCGUGAGAAAAGCAACGGUAACAACAACUACGAGAUGCGUGAGUUUAAUCGCAGGCUGUUGCUGUCGAACGGUACCAGUCCGGGCACAGGCGUGACCGUAACGAGCGGUCAGAGUAGGCGCACCUGACUAUGGAGAUGGUGGCGAAACACCCAGAAUCGUUUCCUGUACAGGAGCAAUCGGCGGCGCGCCGAUAUACCGCUAUAUAAGUAAAAGUACGACAAACUCUUUGUCAUACGUUUCAAUUUCUUUUUUAAGAAAAUAACACAUACAUCUAGCGAGCUACUGGCUGGCGCGAGUCCAACGGACGGUGUGAUAUACCUAAGGAAACGUCGCCGCCGCCGCCGUCACCAUCGAUGUCGUCGUAUCGACGAAAUCGGUGAAAGUGAAGAAGGUUGACAAUUGCUGCGUAGCUCGUCUUCUAUAGUCAUCCCUACUUCUCACAUUCGAGGUCUUAUUGCCGAUAAUGCGCACAAACGUAACACCGAGGGAAGACUGCGGCGACGGAUGACGUUGACGGCACAUGAGAGACCAAGCAUUCAUGAAUCGAUAUCACGGUGGGACUUUACAAUUAUUAAUGAAAGAACCAAAUCAAAACAUAUAUAAUAGUGCGAGAGAGAUAGAGAUAGAAAGAGAGAGAGAAAGAGCUAUCUCCAUUUUUGUAAGGCAAAAUUCACAAAGGAGCAUUUAAAUUCGCCAAGAUCACGACGCAAGAGUGAAACUCCCUGGAUCAUCUUGCGCGAUCUGGGGGUGAAAAAAAAGGAGAGCGCAAUCCGAGGCUGGAACGUCGUUGCCCUAUGAUUCCUUAAACGAGCGACAAGCAACUCACCCCGCGUGAAAGACAGUUCGAAGAAACCAUUCUAUUUACGGCCCGUACUCUCGUAGUCGUAUGCUAAUUUCGUCAUCGUCGACGUCGAACUAUAGAGGGUAGGUGCACGCUAAUUUUAAAUGGCCGUUAGAAACAACUUUCUUUAGUCUCCUGACUUUUACGGAAUAAAUCUGCCGCUUUUCCACGCGAGCUUUCGCUGUAUUUGUGCGCGUGCGUCCCUAGCCGCGGUGGCUACAUCGUCGGGUUAUUCAUUAACUUCCCCGGGCUCUCCUCGCAAGUAUACACCUUGCAUAUACCUUACAUGCCUUACUGUCCUCGCAUAAUCGGUAUGCAUAACUACUUUUGCAGAUUUUAUUUUUAGUCGUGAAACUUUCUUACGUUACCCAUAUCCGAAUAAAGCCGUCAUCGAUCGUGUCAUCAGUGUACCCGGGAUAUCGUACACCGUGCUGUUUCUCAUUCGAAGAUAAACUCCACGCCGGUAGUAUGUCACAGUCGAAUGUAACUAUCGUCGCCUAUAAAUGACACACGAAGCUCUUGUUCCCGUUAAAUCUCCGCGUAGAAUUGUUUCUGGACCGACAAUUCUGUUGAGUUAAUUAAAGACUCUUGAGUUAGUAAUCAGAUAUACUUCGUGGAUCGUGUUUCUGUCUGGCAAAACAUUAUCUUGACGGUGUAUCUCCUUUCUAUGUUAUAUGUCGCAAAGAUAUUUCAAAAAUCCCGUAAAUAUUCAUUUUAUCUUUUGAAUCCACAUCAUGGAUAUUAUUAUAUCAGUAUUAAAACAACAAGAAGCAGCAAAUUUAGUUGACCGACCAAGUUCAGUUAAUUGAUCUUUUCUAUCACAACUAUUUGAAGAAUAGAAGUUAUGAUUCAAAACUUGUUAACAACUUCUACGACUUUUGUUCGACUUGAGGAAAUUAUAUCUUUGCGACUUCACGUUUGACUCUCUUAAUAAUGCAAACUUGUAUUUGUUCAGACCAGUGAACUAUGCUUCACAGUGCUGUCUAAUCAGCUAUUGUAUCUCGCGACUACAUUCAUUAAGUUCUGUAAUGAUUCUUAAGAGAUAAUUACGAUAGUUACGGGAGAAUAUUGUGAGAUACUACUGCCAAAUUGAUGAUUCUCCUACUCUUCUCUGACAAGAUGAAUGUACGUUUAGACAAACUAUUCUUGAGCGACAAGAAAUUGCUUAGUUUCCUCCUUAAUAAUAUAACAACGAAAGAACGAGGAAAUGAGAGGGACAGAGAGAUUUCCGAUAUAGGCGGUGAUUAAAUAAUUUGUAGUCACUGUUACAUAAACAUCUAAAAGAUACGCGUCACGCAAGUAGCUUGUAUCGAUACGUUGUAAUUACACCAUCAUUAUUGAAGAUAAGUAUGGACCGGAGAGAUUUCAUUCAAUGUUUCAAACUAUUUUCUCUUUUUCUUUUCGCACGCCUCAUAUGCCUCUCCGAUGUCCCAAUAAUUGAGAUCCGUCUUAUAAGCGACAAAGACGUAGCGUAACACUCGAAAUAAUUGGCUUCCUAGCUAGGAUUAAAGGAAUCUUAGGGUUAUACAUUUAAUGAGGAUGCAAUGAUAACGGAUACAAAUACUAUAGUAGGCUGUAUAUACCGGCAUAGAUAAUAAGUGUCGAUCGUCUGCUUAAGGAGAAACCGAAAUAUUAUCUGUUAAUUGUUCGAACGCACGUCUCCGCCGAUGUCAUAAAAUGGGACGCUUUACGUUAAUCCUAUCUGUCGCAGUUGAAUUUACGUGUUUCGAAAUCUGGCGUUUUACAUGUCCAAGUAUAAUUACGCUAGUCUGGAAAACAGGGUAAUUAUUAAUCUCAAACGGUUGCCUGAUCAUCUUUGGGCCACUAUUAGCGAAGUAGAACAUUUGUGCGUGUCGCCAAGUAAGAUAAUUGACUCCUUUCAUUUUCUCCAGGUAAGAAGAGAUUUUUUUGCCGAUCACGUGCAAGUUCAAUCAUUCUUUCUUAAUCAGACCAUCGAAUUAUUGUUGAAUGUAAUAAUAAUGUGAAAGCUUACACCUCGCAGACACACAGCCUCUGCCACUAAAUGUAUAUAAAGAUGUUAUAUACAGAAGAUAGAGAGAUAUUAAUCGUUUUUUAAUUAAUUAGGCGAAAGAAAAUACAUUCGGAAAGAAAGAAAAAAAAACCAAUACGAAACUUAUAUAUCAACUUCGGAGAAACGAGAUACUUGAAUUCACUUCGGUUGUUGUAUCAAUGUACCAUCUAUUAGAAAAAAACAGAGCGAAAGAUUUUAGGCAUUUAUAUUUUAUUCGGUCGAUAUUUCCUAAUGUUAUAACGUACAACCACACUGCAAGAAAAAUUUCAAAGUUCAAACGAGCAUAGCGAUUUAUAAUGGAGAUUGGUAUUUAAAUGUAAUAUAUACAAAUUGAAGUGGAAGACGUGCGGGGAGCUUUGAAUAGUGCCUGCUUAAAAUCCGAUUUAUUAUAUAUCUCAAACAAUUAGGUAUGGUUGAACAAUUAGUCGUUUGCGACAUUGCACGUUGGAUCUGAAUUCGACAGAUUGAUCAACAGGAAACAGUCUACAAAAAUGCGAUCCAUUUUUUAUUAAGAUAAAAAAGAAGUAGAUAAGAAUUUAUAUAGCCUGCAUCUUUUCUAAUAUUAAACAAUGUCGCUGUACAGAUUUACCUAAAUGAAUAUUCUAUUUCAUUGAAUGUUACUGAAAAUCUAACGAUAAUCAAGAUAUGUUCGCACAAAUAAUAUAAAGACCGAUUUCCUAUUAAAUCGCACGGCUUCUUGAUCAAUCGAUCCGUUUCUGCCAGAUGUGCGAUGUCGCAAAUGAGAUAUUUCAUAGAGUGAUCGUAGCGCGAUAUCGAAAGAAAAGUAUGCACACACUUAAAAGCUUUGACUACCUUAAUAUUGUAUAAAGACGACACACACGCGAUGAAGAAAAAAAAAGAGUGUAUCCAAGACUGUUAGUGAAGAAGAGCGAACACGAAAUAAUUAACGUAGUUACAAGCUACAAUCGAGCUCAAUAGCGCGUUUAUGUUA